GAUUCGAGUUGUUUUCCUUGGCUAGGUGUCUGGGUGCCUCAGCAGCCCUGUGGAGGAACUGUCAUUCUUGCCCUACUUCGGAGGACCUUGGCUACUUUGUAACAGAACCCUUGGAAGUUAUUUACUGGCAUCAGAGUCUGCCUCUGGGCUGUCUCUUGUGUUCCGGAGACACGGUACCAGAAUAUUUAAAUCACGGUGGCGUUAAAUACGUUUUAAUAUCUGAUAGGGCCAGUUUCUGCGCAUUGCACUUUUUUUUUUUCCUUUCAGGAACGUGUUCGGGCCCGCGGCAGGGGGCGGGGUCGCGCCUCCGCCUCGGCUCUGGUUCCAGCCAAGCCUCACCGACGCCGCCGCGAUGGAAAUCCCGAGGCUGCUCCCGGCUCGCGGGACACCACAGGGCGGCGGCGGCUGCUGCCCCGCGGGUGGCGGCGGGGUCCACCGAGCCCCGGACUCUCUGGCUUGUCAGGCCCCCACGCGCCGCCUCCUACUGCUCCGGGGGGCCCAAGAUGGCGGGCCGGGGCCGCGGAGCGCAGAGGCCCAGAGGGCCUCACGGGGCCUGGGCCCGAUCCCUAGCUCGAACCGGUUGGCGCUGAGGCCGGAUCACCAGGGCGUCCACAGCCGCCGUGGCGGUGGCGGCGGCGGCGGCGGCGGCGGCGGCGGCGAAGACUUCUUCCUGUUGCUGCUUGACCCGGUGGGUGGCGACGUAGAAACAGUGGGCACGGAGCAGGCCGGAGGGCCCGGGUGGAGGGAGGAGGCCGAGGCAGGCCCGGGCCCCGAGCGGCGCCAGAGCAGCGCGAACCCAGCGGGCCGGCUGGCGGCGCUGGGCUCCCGCUGCCUGUCGGCGGUCCCGGCUCCGGCUCCGCUCCCCGCAGCUGGCCAGGCAGCGGCGGCGGCGGCGGCGGCGGCCUUCGCGGGCACCAUCACUAUCCACAACCAGGACUUGCUGCUGCGCUUUGAGAACGGCGUCCUCACCCUGACCACGCCCCCGCCGCCUGCCUGGGAACCGGGGGUCGCGCCUUUCCCCCAGCCGCCGCCGCAGCCGCCGCCACCCCCGAGGCCGCCACGGCCAGGGGCACUGAUCGCCCCGCAGCAGGCCGGGUUUCCGCCGGUCGCCGCGGCGCAGCUGGGCGACUGCCCCGAGCUGCCACCGGACCUCCUGCUGGCGGAGCCGGCGGAACCCGCGCCGGGCCCGGCGCCUCCGGAGGAGGAGGAGGCCGAGGCCCCGGCCGCCGCCCAGAGCCCCCGCGGGCCUCUGGUCCCGGGCCCGGGCGUGGUGCUGUACCUGUGCCCGGAGGCGCAGUGCGGCCAAACCUUCGCCAAGAAGCACCAGCUGAAGGUGCACCUGCUGACGCACAGCAGUAGCCAGGGCCAGCGGCCCUUCAAGUGCCCCCUGAGCGGCUGCGGCUGGACCUUCACCACGUCUUACAAGCUCAAGAGACACCUGCAGUCGCACGACAAACUGCGGCCCUUUGGCUGCCCGGCGGAGGGCUGUGGCAAGAGCUUCACCACCGUGUACAACCUCAAAGCGCACAUGAAGGGGCACGAGCAGGAGAACUCCUUCAAGUGCGAGGUGUGUGAGGAGAGCUUCCCCACGCAGGCCAAGCUCAGCACCCACCAGCGCAGCCACUUUGAGCAGAGGCCUUACCAGUGUGCGUUUUCUGGCUGCAAGAAGACGUUCAUUACUGUGAGUGCCCUCUUUUCUCAUAACCGCGCCCACUUCAGGGAACAGGAACUUUUUGCCUGCUCUUUCCCUGGCUGCAGCAAGCAGUAUGACAAGGCUUGCAGGCUCAAGAUUCACCUGCGCAGCCACACCGGGGAGAGACCCUUCCUUUGCGACUUUGAUGGCUGUGGCUGGAACUUCACCAGCAUGUCCAAGCUCUUAAGGCACAAGAGGAAGCACGAGGACGACCGCAGGUUCACCUGCCCCGUGGAGGGCUGCGGCAAGUCCUUCACCAGGGCCGAGCACCUGAAAGGCCACAGCAUCACCCACCUGGGCACCAAGCCCUUCGUGUGCCCCGUGGAAGGCUGCUGUGCCAGGUUCUCCGCUCGGAGCAGCCUCUACAUCCACUCCAAGAAGCACUUGCAGGACGUGGGCGCUUGGAAGAGCCGGUGCCCGGUCUCCGCCUGUAACAAACUCUUCACAUCCAAGCACAGCAUGAAGACCCACAUGGCCAAAAGGCACAACCUCAGCCAGGACCUCUUGGCCCAGCUCGAGGCUGCCAACUGUCUCACACCCAGCAGUGAACUCAGCAGCCAGGGGCAGAGUGACCUCUGUGGCGCGGAGCUAGUGUCUCUCUUCUCGGAUGUGCCUGGCCACGCUUCUGCUGCGGUGCUGGACACGGCCUUGGUCAGCUCUGGAAUCUUGACCAUUGAUGUGGCCUCUGUCAACUCCACCCUGGCAGGAAGCCUCCCUGCCGACGAUAACAACAACAGCCAUUCCUUAGGGCAAGCGGUGGACCCUCGGGCCUUGAGGGGAGCCCCCGGUGACCUUCCCCAGAGUCUGGAUACCUCUCUCUUCUUCGGGACCUCGGUGGCCGCCGGAUACCAGCAGAGCCCCUUAGACAUGGACGAUGUCUCCCCUGGGAACGUGGGGCUCUUUGGCUCCUUGGCUCUGAAAAACUCGGGCCUGGAGCCCCAGGCUCUGACGCCCAGCAAUAAGCUAACCGUGGACACAGAAGCUCUGACUCCCUCCAGCACCCUGUGUGAAAACAGUGUCUCAGAACUACUGACCCCAGCCAAAGCCGAUUGGAAUGUGCAGUCCGAAUCUGACUUCUUUGGGCACGAGGAAGAAACCCAGUUCGGAUUCUCCCACCCAACGGGAGGCCAUGCUUCUCAGAAAGAAACAGACCUUAUCGCGGUGACUGGCACCCCGUUUUUGGUAUGAACAGACUCUGCCUGGUCUCUGCCUUGUGGCUCACUUUAGUUACACUCAAGCUGGAGGAUCUUCUGGACAGAGUGCUUUUCCUUGCUUGUGCGAGGGAGGCCCUUUCUUGCUGCCUUGCCAAGGAGCGCACCGGUGGACUACAGAUUCAGAGAUCUAACUUCUCACCUUGAGUCUGGAACUGAUCAGUU